AUGGCGGCCCGCGCGCCCCCCGCCGCACCUGCGGCCGACGAGCCGGGUGGCCCCGGCGGCCCCCCGCGCAGGAAGAAGUCCCGCUCCGGCGCGUCCGGCCUCCGCCGCGCCUUCAACUGGCUGCGGGGCAAGCGGCGCAAGAAGAAGGCGGCGGGGGCCGAGGGUGCCGAAGCGGCCGCCCCCCGGGCCAAGAAGGCGGACGACAAGGCCAGGAAGGCCAAGGGCAAAGGCCGAGGCUCAGCCAAGGCUGAGAGCGACAAACGUCUGAGUGUAGGGCCCGGCCAGGGGCCAGGGUCUGUAGUGGAUGAGCACCAGGACAAUGUCUUCUUCCCCAGUGGGCGACCACCUCACCUGGAAGAGCUGCACACACAGGCCCAGGAGGGGCUCCGUUCCCUGCAGCACCAAGAAAAACAGAAGCUCAACAAGGGUGGCUGGGACCAUGGAGACACCCAGAGCCUCCAGUCCUCCAGGACCGGGCCAGAUGAAGACAGCAUCUCCUUCUGCAGCCAGACCACAUCCUACACUGCUGAGAGCUCCACGGCGGAGGAUGCUCUUUCCAUCCGCACGGAGAUGAUUCAGCGCAAAGGCUCCACCUUCCGACCCCAUGACUCAUUUCCCAAAUCAUCAGGGAAGUCAGGGCGGCGGCGGCGGGAACGGCGGAGCACGGUGCUGGGGCUGCCGCAGCAUGUGCAGAAGGAACUUGGCCUGCGGAAUGAGCGUGAGGCACCAGGCACUCCUCGGCCUCCUGGUCCACGGGAUGCUGUGCGAAUCCCCACGGUGGAUGGCCGCCCGGGGAGUCUGGCCUCAGGAUCAGGAUCCGGGGUCCGGGUGUCCCUGCAGGCACUGGAGGCGGAGGCGGAAGCUGGGGCCAAAGCAGAAGCCAUGCUGCAGCGCCACAUCAACCGUGUCUACCGGGAUGACACCUUUGUUGGCCGGUCCACAGGGGCUCAGCCCCCGCCAAUUCCACGGCCCAUGUCCCUAGCAGUGCCCGGACUGACAGGAGGGGCAGGGCCUCCAGAGCCUCUGAGCCCGGCCAUGUCCAUCUCGCCCCAGGCCACCUACUUGUCGAAACUGAUCCCACAUGCUGUGCUGCCACCCACAGUGGAUGUGGUGGCCCUGGGCCGCUGCAGCCUGCGCACCCUGAGCCGCUGCAGCCUGCUCUCCGCCAGCCCGGCCUCCGUCCGCUCAUUUGGCCGCUUCUCCUCCGCCUCCAGCCCGCAGCCCCGUAGCCGCCACCCUUCCUCCUCCAGUGACACCUGGAGCCACUCUCAGUCCUCGGAGACCAUUGUGUCUGACGGCUCCACCCUGUCUUCUAAGGGUGGCUCUGAGGGCCGGCCAGAGGGCUCUGUAGCUAGCAACAGUGUGGUGCUCCCUCCCCAGGGGGGCAGCGGGAGGGGCUCUCCCAGUGGGGGCAGCACUGCUGAGGCCUCAGACACUGUCAGCAUUCGGAGCAGUGGGCAGUUGUCCGGCCGGAGUGUGUCCCUACGCAAGCUGAAGCGACCCCCUCAACCGCCCCGCCGGACCUACUCACUCCGUCAGCGGGGCUCGGCAGCCCCUGAUGGGCCCUUGGGCUUGCCCCCCAAGCCAGAGCGGAAGCAGCAGCUACAGCUGCCUCGGCCACCCACCACUGGUGGGUCAGAAGGGACAGGGGCAGCACCCUGUCCAUCCAACUCAGCAGGCAGCUGGGUGCCUGGCUUGUCUCCAGGUGGCUCCCGGCGCCCCCCACGCUCCCCAGAACGGACGCUCUCACCCUCCAGUGGAUACUCGAGCCAAAGUGGUACCCCUACCCUGCCUCCCAAGGGUCUGGCUGGCGCCCCUGCGUCCCCAGGCAAGGUCCAACCCCCUAAACCAGAGCGAGUCACUUCCCUCCAGUCUCCUGGGGCCUCUGUCUCCUCCUCCCUCACAUCUCUGUGCUCCUCCUUCUCUGACCCAGCCCCUUCAGAUCGAUCUGGUCCACAGAUGUCAACUGCUCUUAGUGACAGGUUUGUCAUACCUCCUCAUCCCAAGGUGCUUGCUCCCUUCUCCCCACCUCCCUCCAAGCCCAAGAGUCCUAACCAAGCUGCCCCUGGACCCGUCUCUACCACUGAUGUCAGUCCCGAGUCCCUUUCCACCCCCCAGACAUCCCUGAUCCCAUCACAGGAAUCUCCCAUUGCCUCUAAAGACCAGUCGCCCCCACCAUCCCCACCCCCAUCUUAUCAUCCACCCCCACCACCCACUAAGAAGUUAGAGGUGGUUGAGGAGGCCCCAUCUGCCCCAGAGACUGGUGAGGAGCCCCUCCAAGAUCCCAGCUGGCCCCCACCCCCACCCCCUGCGCCUGAGGAGCAGGACCUGUCCAUGGCUGACUUCCCCCCACCAGAGGAGGCCUUUUUCUCUAUGGUUGGCCCUGAACCUGCAGGCCCUUCACACCCUCCAGCCCCUGUCAACUCCCUGGCUGCUUCACCCUCAGCUACUCUCUCUUCUCAGAGCCAGUCCCAUGGUACCCCAGACCCUCCAUCUCCGCCAGCGCCCCCUGCUGGUUCUGUCACAGGGCAGGGCAAGCUCCCUCGGAAAGAACCAUUGGGCUGCAGCAAGGGCAAUGGGGUACCUAGGGAGGAUGCCGGUGCACCCCUGGUCACACCCUCACUCCUGCAGAUGGUUCGACUGCGUUCUGUGGGUGCUCCCACAGUGGCUCCAACCCCAGCAUCGGGGCCAUCAGCCCCCCAGAAGCCACUACGAAGGGCCCUGUCAGGGCGGGCCAGCCCAGCACCUGCCCCCUCCCCAGGGCUCCAUGCUGCUGUUCGACUCAAGGCCUCCAGUCUGGCUGCCAAUGAGGGUCUUGUGAAUGCCCAGCCCAAUGGGCCACCUGAGGUGGAGCCACGGUCUCCUCAGUCCCCUGCCUCUAUGGCUAGCUUCAUCUUCUCCAAGGGCACUAAGAAGCUGCAGCUGGAGCGGCCUGUGUCCCCUGAGAACCAAGCUGACCUCCAGCGGAAUCUGGUGGCUGAACUUCGGAGCAUCUCAGAGCAGCGGCCACCCCAGGCCUCAAAGAAGUCACCUAAGGCUCCCCCACCUGUGGCCCGCAAGCCCUCUGUGGGAGUACCUGCACCCACCUCCCCCAGCUUUCCUCGGGCUGAGCCCCUUAAUGCUCUUCCGACCAAUGGGCUCCCUCAUGCUGAGGGCAGGACUAAGGGGGAGCCAGCGGAGAAUGGAGGCGUCGUGCAGCUGGUGGGCCCGGGGGAGAAGCUGGGUCCGCCUGGCUCAGAGCCACAGAAGGAGCUGGUCUAACCACCAGGCAUCUCACUGGCACUGCUGACCCAUCCCAGGAAUACAAUCUCAGGGACCUGAGCAGCUCCAAGGAUGAGAGGAUACGGCAGACACUUACCCUGAUGGAGAGGAUGCCUGCAGCCUUAACCUCCACGGCCUUCAAUAUUUAUGCAAGCCUGGUGUUGACCCUGUCCUCCAAGUCAUCCAGCUCUCAUGCCUUUUCCCGAAUGGAGUCACCUCUGGCGGCUGCC